ACCAACUAAGGUACUCUCGCAAUAUUAACACCGCCACCCAGACACAGUUGUUACAUCCACACACAUCUUGAUGAUCUAAUUUCCCAUCUCAUCUACCUCUAAUCACCCAGCCUCAAUCAGUCUAAUCGUUUUCACGCAGUGUUGAUCCGCCAUGAGAGAGCGCAUCACCUUCAUCCAGAAGCAAGGCGACUCAAUCGAGCCAACCACGCUCAAGAUCAAGGGCGGUGUCCUCAACGGCCCAGAGAUCCAGGCUGCCCGUGAAGACAGACUCACCAUUGCAAUCGAUGAGUUACCGAAAGACCUACAAGCGCUCUUGGGCACAGCUCAUGAGCUUCACAUCAGAUAUGUCAGCUCUCAACCAUAUGAGGCAAUCACCCCUUUGCUAGCUAGGCUGCCGCCUGGCUUCCAUCUGUUCUACACCCCGGCAGGGCAAGCCGAUGCCACUUCCCCAGCGCUCUGCCUUGCCCUCAAUCAAAUUUUCGGAAAUGUUCAGUGCGAAAACCCAGAGAAGUCAUUCACGACUCUGCCAAGGGACCGUUUCUCUCACUCAGCUGCCUACCAGUUCUACCAACCAUCGGUAGACCUUUCCCCAUUCAUUGCACUCGUUAAAGAGAAGCUAUGUUCAUCUUCCAAGGACCAAUCUUGCGCUGCCAGGGCCGACCGCUUGGCAAACGCCAGCUCUCUGGACAUCUCAUAUGAUGCCAUCUCUCACGCCGUCAAGCUCACUGCAACAUGGCCCUACCAGAAGCAAGAGGUCCACGCGACAUCCCGUCCACAGACACGGACCGAGGUUGGAGUCUUGAACUCGGACCGGCCAGGACACCUCGAGCCUCAUGAGCUGGGAAUUUCCGGUCUUCUCACCGUGCUGGGACAGGAUAAAAAGCCGUCUGCAACUAUGUUUGCCUUUGCCUCUCGACAUCGUGAUGCCGAGUCUAGCUUUUCCGCCGAGUUUCUGGAGCCAACAGGUCUUCACCCUACCCUCAAACUCAGGCUUGAGUCCAGCAAGCCACCUAUCGAAGAUGCCUACUGCUCACCACACGCCUACUUCACCCUUCCCAAGACCAUCUUCGCCGAUAGGCACCAACUAUCGGAUGACCUCUUUCUGGCCUCGAAGAAUCUCACUGGUCUACGCUACAUUUCUCAGCCCGUGGACCUUGAAGCUCCUGAAUAUGUUGAGAAGCGCUGGGGGUCUUCGCUUCUUCUGGAACUUUCCCCUCCCGAACAUGAAGAAUCAAAGUCUUGGACAGUACAAGUCCCCUUGCAUCUGCGCUACCUAUCUCCCGCUGAAGGCGGCUAUACCGAUAUUCAAGUUCCAUACCCGGCUGUUUUCUGGGCUUGCGCGGCUGAGGAAGGUACCAAGUUCCCUAAUAAUCCGUUCGAGAAGGCCAACCUUGGCUACGACGGCCUUUUCGGCCCUAGGACGGUAUUCUGGCAUGUCGAGCCUCGCCCGACAAUUGGCAGCCGUUUGAGCAACAUGAUCAAGGUGCCAGUCCUGGACACAAACAAGGCGGAGUGGGUAAGCGGCGGCACCGGGCUAGCGGUACUCCUUGGCUUUGCCUGGAUCAUGUGGAAGUUGUUCGGCGUGCUUUCAAAGUCUGGGUACCAAAACCAACCCUCGCAGGCUGCGGAGGUCGUCAAGGCCAAGAAGAAUCAGUAAUGGUCAAGGGAGUGGGAUGAGGCGAAUGGGCGAAGUGUACCUGGAGACAAAUGUAAUAUCCAAAAUAUUAAACGUAAGUCACGCCAGCAAAUUCGAGGCUGACUGCAGCCCUUGUACACCUCGUUCUUUUUGAUUGAUCGAUAUCUGGCGCUUCACAGAAUGAUGCCGGGGUGGACAGCUCGGUGGCAUGUAAGCCGAGUGGCUUGUUUCACGGUUUGUUUGCGUCUCCUAUCUGCCUUCAGUUCUAGGUAUUUUCGCUUCUUCCUUCGCUUCAUGGCAAGACAGUUCCUUCCUAGGUCUUCAGCACCUCCGCCAUUCUGCACAGCAACUAUACCCAAUGUUACUGGGGCACUUCUUCCUUCUUUCAUUCGUGACUGUUCUUUUGUCGGAGUAUUAGAUCAAUCCUUGCCUUUGUUUGGAAAAGUGCUCAGCUUGCACCGCAGAGGUGGUACUGCACACUUUGGCUUCUUUGUCAACACUUACCAACACCCAACCAUACACAAAAGGCAACACACCCCCACGUUGAAUGAAGCUCUCUGCAGCCGAGGAGGACAGAACAGGGAUCGUGUUGGAGAAGUAUUUCUUCCCCACAUUUCAAAGCUACUCUGUUAGAGCUUCCAAGGCUAGCGACCCAAUGACGUCGUCUCCCUCUGUUCUCAGGAUGCAGGUCUACACUACACUACCCUUCGCCAGUGCAUGUUAAAUCUCUUUCCCACCCAAGUGGCUCAAGUCAGCUGUGGAAUGUCAGAAUAGGUCUGGCGAAUAUGGAAACCAAGUCCGCGGAUAACUGGAGACUUCUCACCUAUUCUUGCCCAAUCAGCCGAGAGUCGUACAAAUCUCGCCUCGCCUGCCUCUGGCUUCCUGUUCAAAUGGCAGGAGUACACCCCGCAAAAGG